AUGGCCGACCCUCUCCUCACAUCCCUCUGUUCAAUAUGUCACGUUUCACCACCUAAAUACAAAUGUCCCCGAUGCCGCAUCCAAACGUGUUCCCUCCCAUGCACCACAAAGCACAAGGCCUGGUCCGAAUGCAGCGGCCAACGCGAUCCCACAACCUACGUCCCACGAUCGAAGCUCCGCACCGCUGCCGGCGUCGACCACGACUACAACUUCCUUCAUGGCAUCGAGGUAUCUGUCGAACGCUCCGAGAAGCUCCUAAUCGAGGAAAAGGGACUGCUGCAGCAGGAAGAGCUACGGCCGCUGACGAUGCAACAAGUUCGUUGGAAGAUGGGGCGCGAUGGGCGGAAAAGAAAAGUCUUGGUCACUAGGGUUCUGAGGGAGGCCAAGGGGAGGACCUUUGAGAAGGGACUGGCCCUGAGGCUGAAGAAGCUCAACGUGCAAAUUGUUUGUGCGCCGUUGGGAAUGGCGCGGCAGAAGGACAACCUUACUACCCUGAACAAGAGGACGGGGAGGGUCAACUGGCAGGUUGAGUGGCUUGUUUUUGGGGAUGGGGAUGCGACGACCAAGACGUCGAGAUCGCUGAGCAAGGUUAUGGAUGACGUUCCUCUUUUCGAGGCGUAUCCUAGGAUGUUGGCGGAAAAGGUACGCACAGGCGCGGGACCACGGAAACAAGUGAGGAACCUACGGCCUGGGGAGGCGCAGAAUUCGGUUGAUUCAAGAUGGAAUUUCGGAUUUGAUUGUAUUCAGGACGUUGGCGAUGGGAGAUGGGCGUUCUUUUCGGGCGGAUGUAUUGAGGAUUGGCCUGCGGAAAAGGAAGCAGUUCAACGGCGACAGUUUCAAUUCUUUCUGGCCGGAGCUCAGACUAGGUCCGAUAUGCCUACGCAAGUAACGGCCUUGGAGUCGGGGGACUGUCUUCGCAGUAUUUUGGCUAAUACUCGAGUAUUGGAGUUUCCUACGAUAUAUGUCCUCAAAGCUGGGGAGGAGCUUCCUGAAGGCUUUGUAUUGGGACCCAAGGACACGGUUCCUACACAAACACACGGAACGAAGCGAAAGGAUGGACCGGCAAAUAAGAAGAUGCAGGGUUCGGCAAAACGCAGGAAACACGGCGGAAAUGAUCGCGAAGAUGGGGAGAUUGGAAGUGGUGAGGAUGCAGAGCAGGGGAUGGACGAGGACCAGGGCCUUAAGGGGGUCGGUUUGGAGGCUGGUGAGGUUAUUGAUGAGCAGAGUUUUGGGGAAGAGGACGACGAAGAGGAUGAUGAUGACGAGACGAGUAGCUCUGGAUCUGAUAGUGAGUCUGACUGA